AUGAUAUAUUUACUUGUAUCAAGUAUUUUUAUUCUUCAGACAAUCAAGGGACAGCCAGUUGAGCCUGAACCAGUCAAAUCCUUGAAUUUACAAAGUCCAGGUGAGGACACCUCUCAAACUUACGUGUUCACUUAUAAAGAUAAUGCUACACCUAGUUAUGCCCAAUCCAAUGCGAAGCCAACAACUACUAGUUUGUAUGGGUCAGCAUACUCUGACGUAGAACAUCUUUUGGGGAGUAUAUCUACAACUACUUGGGGUAGUUGGAACCCAUCAGCUACUGGAGUGGCUACUGAUCUGGAUGAUCCAUAUGGUCAAUAUGCAUGGUCACAAAUGUGGAAAGAUGCGAAUAUCCAAAAUUUCACAAAUUCUGCUUUAUAUAGCACCACCGUGGAACCAACAUCGGUGCCAACUGAAUCGUUAAUUUUACCUCCGUCUGAUGCUUUUAAAUUUGAAUCUAACUUGACCUAUCCAAGCGACUUCAUCUUCGGUGUGGCCGGCUCAGCUUCCCAGAUUGAAGGUGCAAUUGCAGAGGAAGGUCGCUCACCAACCAUCCAAGAAAAAUUAGUCUUAGACUCAAGGCCUAAGGAUUACAUAACUAAUGAAAAUUACUAUCUUUAUAAACAGGAUAUUGCAAGAUUGGCUGCAAUUGGUGUAAAGCACUAUUCAUUUACUAUUCCUUGGUCACGGAUUUUACCUUUCGCCCUACCAGGUACUCCGGUGAAUCAACAGGGAAUUGAUCAUUAUGAUGAUUUGAUUAAUACUUGCCUUGAAUACGGAAUAGUCCCUAUUGCCACUUUGACACAUUUUGACACACCAUUGAUGUUUAAUGAAGGUACACCGGUAAAUGACAGUAGUUCUUUUUACUAUUAUGGUGGUUAUAAAAAUGAUGCUUUCGUUGAUGCCUUCGUUAAUUACGGGAAAAUUGUAUUAGCACAUUACUCAGAUAGAAUACCGGUAUGGGUUGGUUUUAAUGAACCAUAUUUAUAUUCGGGUAAUGCAUUAGGUGUAAAGCAUGUAAUCCAAGCGACAUCAAAGCUUCACAAGUUUUAUCACAAGGAACUAAAUGCUACUGGAAAAUUCGGUAUAAAACUAAAUAAUAAUUUUGGAGACCAUCAAACCCCGAAGACAAGGAAGAUGUUGCAGCAGCUUCUAGGUAUCAGGAUUUUUAUUUAG